UUUCUUCCCACAUCAGGGAGAGGAGUUGGCUGAAAUACAUAGAGGCCAGCAAAUAUUGUGUAUCCAUGGUGUCAGGAACAACUGAUAGGUCCACAAAACAACUGAAUCCUUUUAUUUUGUGGGUUUCAAUGUCUUCUUGAGAUUUUUAUGGUCAUAUGAGAGUUUUGGAUAUGCAUCUGGCAAUGAUUCAUGUUUUGAAACAGUUUCAUCCACUUAUGUCAUGGUUCUGGCUUUCAUGACAAAUGUGUGAUGGCAAAUCACGCUGGCAUAGUAUUUCAGCUUAUGAGAACUUUUCAGCUUCAUCAAUUUUUGUGUCACAUCAUUGGAAAACCAGCUUGAUACAUUAUCUUUUCAAUGUUUUGUUUUAAUGUGUUUCACUCCUUCCACAGAAAAUUCCAGUUCACAUUCACACACCCACCAAUGGAAGACCUGGAGGCAGAAAACGGCAACAUUGCCCAGCGUCUCACAGAGUUCCUGACGCUGGCCUCGCGGGACCAGCUACUGGUGGCGCUGGUGACCUCAGGCGGCACCACAGCGCCCAUUGAGCAGCGCACAGUCCGCUUCUUGGACAACUUCAGCACGGGCCAGCGCGGCGCCGCGUGCGUCGAGCAGCUGCUGACGCGCGGCUACGCCGUGCUGCUGCUGCGCCGGCGCGGCUCGCUGGCGCCGCACGCGCGCCACGUGCGGCCGGCCGAGCUGCUGGCCGGCCUGGAGGAGGGCUCUGACGGUCGCUGGACGCUGGGCGAGGCGGCGGCGCGGCGGCUGGCGGCGCCGGCCGAGGCGGCGCGACGCGACGGCGCCCGUCUAAUGACGCUGCUCUUCACCAGUGUGGACGAGUACCUGGCGCUGCUGGAGGCCGCGGCCGGCGCGCUGGCGCCGCUCGGACGGCGUCUACUCCUGCUGCUCGCUGCUGCCGUCUCCGACUUUCAGGUGCCGGCGGAGGAACGUGUCGAGCACAAGGUCUCCGGCGGGGACCAGCCGCUGACGCUGCACCUGCAGCCCGUGCCGAAGGCGCUCGCCCGGCUCACUGCCGACUGGUGUCCGGCCGCCUUCGUCGCCACCUUCAAGCUGGAGACGGACGAGCGCGUGCUGGUGGCGCGCGCGCGCGCCGCCCUCGCCCGCUACGGCCACCAGCUGGUGGUGGCCAACCUGCUGCAGACGCGACGCCAGCGCGUUACCAUGGUGACGCCGGCGGCGGCGGACGCGGUGGAGCGCCGCGGCGACGCGGAGCUGGAGGAGGCGAUCGUGGCGGACUUGGUGCGGCGGCAUCAGGAGUUCGUGGACGGGGCUCAGACUGGGGUGAAGGCUGAGGAGCGGCAGCCCUGUUAGCGUGUCGCGGCCCCUGGAACUAGUCUUUUGAUGAGCUUAUACAGUGUCUGUGUCAAGUAAAGGAUGACGGUUUCAUCGUACCAAGAGAAUGUAAGACACACCACCAUGAUUUGACGAGAGCGGAUGGAGAACCUCGCAUACAUUGCGUUUAAUCACAGAAAUCGUUUGUUCAGUUUCAUAUAUAAGAUUAAGCCAUAUGUCUAAAGGGUGAUAGCCUUGUGCGUAGGAUGUAUACUGCCCUCACUUGCCGACAUAUGCUUGACUGGCCUCCGUUGGAAGAAUACCGAGAUGACUCUGGCCGCCGCUGUGUGCGUCGGUUGGCCGGCGUCCGUGAUCAUGUACUGCCGCCAUUGUUCUGCGGGCGGAUGUUUGUGCUGAUUCAGCGACCGAAGUCCGCGACGUUUUUGAAGCGGUUUCUUCCAAUGAUUUGCGUGGUUGGCGUCGGGUUUAGAGUACCUGUUAAGCAAAGCUUGCUGCACGUGCCUCUAAUUAACUACUCGUGGUAUGCCGUGCAGAUCAUUGGAUAAUACUACCUCCGCCCUUUCACCAGACAGGGUGAGAGGGGUUUCCGACGGCCGUAGCUCGGGUCACGGAUGGAGCUACGGUCGCGUGGAUAGGCGAUUGAUUCCAGAACAGCGUCACCGCUGACCAGUGUCAUGUCAAGGCCAGAUGUCAAUCCAUCAUGCGGGAAAUAUCCCACCGAUGAACGUG